UCAAUAUCGAACAUUAUACAGACAUCUUUAUUUCAGAACCACAAUGAAGCUAACAAUAGUGACCAUCGUUUGCGUUGUGUUGAUAAAUUUAAUUUCUGAGGCCUAUGGAUGUUCCUGUUUUCCUGGAACAAAUCAAGAAAGGUUCUGUUCCGCUACAUUUGCUUCUCGAGGACGAGUAACAUAUAAGAAGACUCUCCAAGGAGGCGAUAUCGAAUACACAGUAGCAGUGAAUUAUAAUUUUAAGAUCAAGGUUCCAAGCACACUUAAAGUUCGAACUAACCAAAGUUCAGCUGCGUGUGGAGUCCUUUUAAAAAUAGGAGUUGAAUAUUUGAUUUCAGGAACUGUUAGUAAGGACAGAUAUAGAACAAGAUACCUUACAAAUAGUUGCCGGUGGAAUCAGAGAUGGCAGGACAUUAAGUCCGAUACACAACAGAAGCUCUUAAAAGGACAAUUUAAUAAUUGUUAGUCAUUAAGGACUUUAUGAUUGGUUUAUGUCGAAAGCUAUUAUAAUAUAUAACACGAAGUCAAGCCAAAUAAAGGAAUUAAUCAAAAAGUGUUUAGUUAUGAUAAAAACAAUGAUUUCAUUGUAAGCAUUAUUUGUCAAAUAUAUUUUUACCGGUAGGAUUACUGUAAACCAGCUAAUUUUCCCGAACGAUUUAUUUUCGCGACUUUCGUAUGUAGAAAAAUAAUAUGAAUAAAAAGCGUC